CGCGUGGUCGCCGCCACCGCAGCUGCCGGAGAGGAGCUGGGGGAGGACGGUGGCCCGCGAGGCUCGUCGCAGACUACGCGGCGGCGAUGUCCGCGAGCCAGGCGAGUGCCGCGGCGGCAGCGGCGGGGCCUCGCGCGCGGCAGGGCGGCCUGGGCUUCGGCCUCCCUCCGGUUCCCUGGAAGCGGGCCGGCAGCCAGCGCGGGAGCAGCAGCAGCAGAGGCGGAGGCUCCGGCGCGUCUCUCUCCCCUUCAGCCUGAGCCAGGGGAGGCCAGGCGGCCCGGCUGACUGGAGAGGGGUCCGCUGCCCGAGAAUGGGAAUUCUCUUCACCAGGAUAUGGAGACUGUUCAAUCACCAGGAGCACAAAGUUAUCAUUGUUGGGCUGGACAAUGCAGGGAAAACUACCAUUCUUUACCAAUUUUCUAUGAAUGAAGUUGUACAUACAUCCCCUACAAUAGGAAGUAAUGUCGAAGAGAUAGUGAUAAACAAUACACGUUUCCUAAUGUGGGAUAUUGGUGGCCAAGAAUCUCUUCGUUCUUCCUGGAACACUUACUAUACUAACACAGAGUUUGUAAUAGUUGUGGUGGACAGUACAGACAGAGAGAGGAUUUCUGUAACUAGAGAAGAACUCUAUAAAAUGUUAGCGCAUGAGGACCUAAGGAAAGCUGGAUUGUUGAUUUUUGCUAAUAAACAAGAUGUUAAAGAAUGCAUGACUGUAGCAGAAAUCUCCCAGUUUCUGAAACUCACAUCUAUUAAAGAUCACCAGUGGCAUAUCCAGGCAUGCUGUGCUCUUACUGGCGAGGGAUUGUGCCAGGGACUUGAAUGGAUGAUGUCACGACUUAAGAUUAGAUGAUCUCUACUGACCUCUUCUUGUAGACUGUAUAAACGAAGUGCUGGACUUUACCUGAAAGCUGCAAAAAUUCAUGGUUCAGAUAUAUUUAUAAUAAACUGAUUUAAACUUUUUCUAUAAGAAGAAAAAUUAAGACCACUUAUUUGAAAACAAAGAUGAAGUCUCACCUUCCAAUUUGCUUUCUCAUUAGUUUCCUCCAAAGUAAGUUAUUAAAGCUGUGAUUGACAUUUUUCUCAUAAUUAAUCCUCUCAGGACAUUGUGUAGCCUGUGCUAAGUACAAAGGAAGAGGAAGACAUCUUGAACUUUAAGAGCUUUAUUAUCAGUAUACCCCCUCCCUAAUUGAAUGUUGUUCUUUUGUUUAGUCAAAACACCAGUCAGCACAGAUGCUCGGUUUCCAACAUUUUAAAAUGUAAUGUUACUUAUGAAAAGUAUUUUGCAUAAGGUUAUGUAUGUAUUGUGUAUAUACCUCAAUUUCAAGUUAAUGGCGUUGAUUUGUGUUCUAAAGAAAAGCAAAUAACACAAAAAUUAAUAAUAUCCUGGUUAUAACCAUAAUGAGAUAUAUACUGGCUUUGGUGUUAAGUGCCAUUUUGUACUUUUCCUUUAUGUUCUCUAUGGUACUAACCGACCCCCAAAAUCAUUGAGCUCCUCUUAAAAAAAAAAGAAAAGAAAAAGGAAAAACUUUAUAUUGUGUACCUAUUUUUUUGUUGAUCAGUCACACACAAAAACAUGUAAUUCAACUGAGUGGAAUAUCUGUCAGAUUCUUAGCUUAAUAUUACUAAUGGACAGAAUUGCACAGUAAGCUAUUAUCAGAUUAUACCUUUUGUUGGUCCUUAGGCCAUCUAAAUUACUGAAUAAAUUGUUAAUCCAUUAAUCAGUCAUAAAUUGUGAUUAAAAUUAUCAAGCAUGAAUUGAAAACUGUUGUGUGAAACAUGUCUACCCAGAGAAGUAACACUCUAUAAAUACUAUUAAAUAAUUUAGCUACAGUCUUUUUAAGUAUUAAAUCAUAUGUCAAGCAGUUAAAGUAAAUUUGAGAGUAAAAGUAAGGCAUAUUUUCCAAGCAACAUCGAUAAUUUCUUAAUUUGCAAAUUUCUUGUUUUAGUGGGAAUUGGAAUAGUUUGACAUUUUUUGUUUCUGUAAAUUUUCUUGUAUCUUCUUCCACUACAUAAAUGCAUUGUUUGAUAACUAUAAAGUACAAAUGCUUUUGAAUGCUUUUAAGAAUUGGGUUUAAAAAUUUAUUGACAUGAUAUAUUAUUUG